GAGCGCGAGGCCAACACCGCUCCGUGACGUCAUCAGCUAAUGAUUCCAAAGAGCGAGAAGUAAGAUGCAAAAAUCGAGGAACUCCCGACGAUUUUGCGAGGCUUGGGCAAGAUGGGAGGGUGUGUAGGGACGGCCAGGGAAGGCUCUGCUUCAAGCCGUACCUCAUCGGGCGAGGGAUCCACCUCACUGAGAGGUGGUACAUCAAUAGGAAAGAAUGUUCCCCUCCGGCAUGAGAAGAUUCGGUGGAAGUCUGACAUGCCUCUGACGGAGGGCCAAGUGAGGAGUAAGAGGGACGAAUUCUGGGACACGGCACCGGCCUUUGAGGGGCGGCGAGAGAUUUGGGAUGCCCUGAAAGCAGCAGCGGGAGCCAUAGAAAACCAGGACUAUGAUUUGGCACAAGCCAUCAUUGAUGGAGCAAGUAUUACCUUACCCAAUGGAACCUUGACGGAUUGUUAUGAUGAACUUGGGACCAGGUAUCAGUUGCCAGUGUACUGCUUAUCAUACCCACUCAACAUCCUGCAACGUUCACCAGAUAAGGAGGGUGAUAAUGAGACAGAGGGAAGUGUUGAAGGAGAGGAACAGGUUUUGAAAGUUCGGCUCUCCACUACGAGCAAAGACGUCAAAUUACCCGUGCGCUCGACAGACACUAUAGCUACUGCUAAAAGGAAAUUAGAGAUGCAGGAGAACCUGGGGGCUGUUCGCCAGCGCUGGUUCUAUGGUGGGAAGUUGCUGGGUGACCGGUUGCAUGUGUGUGAAUGCAACAUCCAGCACAACUAUGUGGUGCAGGCCAUCAUCACAGAGGAGCGGAUGACGCCUGUGGAUAGUUGAGGAUGUGAUUAUGGCUUCUAGGGGAGGCACUUGCCUUUGUAAUGCUUAUGAUAUCUGAGGAGGAGGAGGAGCUCUGUUUCAAUGUGAUAUUUCAAAAGUUUCAUUUAUUGUGAGUGAUUGUUCUGAUUAUGAUUUUUUUUUUCGAAAAGGGUUUAUGUGAAAUGAGUUGUAGAUAUGCUAUAGGUAAGGAAGCUUUAUUUAUAGGUUUUGAUUUUUUCUUUUAUCAUUUCUUUUCCUAAUGAAGGGCUCAUGGUAUUUUUGCAUGAUGCCUUCCAGCUGAUAAUGUGUGAGUGCCUCAGCAUUAAUAAAAAGUUAGUAAAAAGGGUAAAGAUAAAUAAGCGAAGUUGGUAAAAAGGGUAAAGAUAAAAAAGGGAAAUAUUAUGCCCCAAGUAAUAAGGGCAGUAUAAAAGAAUUCUUUUCCUCUCCCUUUCUUAACCACUCUUAUCAAAAUUCAAUAAGUUUUUCUCUGAAAAAGAAAAACUGGGCUAUGAUUUUAUAAUUCUUUUUCAUUUAAUAAUUUGUGGUUUGAAGACCUUGUUGAAGCAAGUCACACAAAAUAAUUGUUGAUGUGGAGAAGGAAACUACCAGGCAUAGGUAGAUAUUAUAAUAUUCUGUGAUCAGAAUAGAUAAUAUUAAGAUGUAAAAAAGAACAGGUUCUUCACUUUCAAACAUCAAAAUAUAUUUUUUUUUAUGUAUGCAGUGACCAAAGUACUGUACUGUCAUGUGGUCCAUUAUGAAUAUCAUCAUUGCCCAGUUAAACAUGAAAAAAUAAAAAUAAGGAAACCGCACAGAUAUUGUUAGAGAUUGCUGGUUUAUAUAUCUCCUGUAUAUGUACAUAAAACAUUUCAGAUUAAUCAUUGACAUAAAUGAGAAGAGCCUUUACUUGUGAGUACACACUGCUUAUGCAAACAAGGGAUAGAUAGUUUAUUGCAGUCAUUUCACAGUAUGAUUCUCAUCUGAUCAUUUUUGUAAGUGGCAGUGCUAUUGUAUUGUAGUUUUGGAGUGUUUUUGGAUAUAUUCUCAUUAAGUAUUUGCCAUGUAUAAUUAACUUUUUAAAUGCAAGUUUCAGUUUGGAAGAUAUGUGCAAUGAGAGUGACAUUAUGUUUUCACCUUAAGACACUCUUUACAAAUCUAAAAAGAAAACCAUGAUGGGCCAAGACAGUAUUUUCUUGACAACGCAUUGGAUUGGCAGUUUGUAGGCAGUAUUAGAAUGAAUUCUAGUGGAGGGGCAUUUUAUAAGCUUGCAUGCUGAUACUGGGUCUUUUCUUAAUAUACUCUUUGAUGUAUUUGAGUGUGUGUGUGCGCAGCUGUAGAGAACAUUUUUCACUCUUAAGGUGGAGCAUCAUUCUUUAUAACAGGAAGAUUAAAUGUCACACAAACCAUGGGAGUAUGAAGAUUAUGGUAAACCACGAUCUGUUAUUCAGGUCACCCAAAAAUAGAAAUAAUAGGCUUCAGCCUAUUCUCAUCUUUUUCUAUGAUAGUAAGAGGACUAAUAAUUAUUAGGAGACUUAUACAAAGAGGGAAAGAUAGUAAGUUUAGAAAAUCUUGGAGACCCAUGAGUGUGUAAAUACCUUCCAAGCAUCAGCAAGCAAUGGCCUAUUUAUGGCCCCACCCAAAGAGACUGUGAUAUGGUCUGUAGUAGUUUAAUGAUCUUGGAUAUGUAACCCUUAAAAGGUCAUAGGUGUAGGCCUCUCCGUUUUAUAUAUUUGGUUAAGAGGCAUGUGAUGUGGAUCCAUUUCACCUUGACUUUUGGGGAGUGACUUUCCCUGAGUUGGAGACUUGGCAAAACAAACCUCUAGUCAUACUGUUGUCUUGGUUUAUUCUGGGAUUAUUUCCAUCUCAUGAAAAAGAAAACCAAAAUUAUGGAAUAAAGAUUAUUUAUUAGAUCUGAGUUCAAAAUUACAGAUUGUUUAUUUGUUAUACUUUAAUUUUUACUUGUCUGUACCAGGUCAUGGUAGAGUGAUGUGUUUUUAUAUCUUUUCGUUUUCGUUUAUAUCUUUCUAUGUUUUCCCUUCUCUUUGAAUUUUCUUCUAAGCAGAUCAGAUGCAAAGGCCAAAAGCAAUCUUUUUUAAGGGUUGUAUGACUAAAAGAGAGGAAACUGGUAGAGUGUUAACCUGGAGAUUAAGAAACAAUCAUGGUUAUAUUGAUAAAAUUGAUAACAUUUACAAUUUAUUCUUGGUUUUAGGAUGAUAUAUUUGAUGAAGUGGGAGAUAUGCACUGGAGUGACCUGAAAGGUGCUGUAUCUCUUACACACAGCUGAAAAUUUCAGAAUGUAUUGAGGGAAAUGCCUUUUUUAAAAAGAUUUUUGGAGGGGGAUUUAAUCUUUAAGGAACUGUCAAGGAAAAGAGGAUAAGAGAGGUCAACACAAGAAACAUUUCACUUGAAUUUAGUCUGAGUUCCAAAUGAUGUGUUUUGCAUAUACUUGAAAAAGCUUAUGUUUCUUGGUGCUUUGGAGACAUUACUUAAUACAAGGUGUAAUUUCUUUCAUCAUGUUCACUGUAAAUAUUAUUAGAACAGAACCUGAAAUUUGAAAAAUAACUUUUUGACAAAUACUGAAGAAAUGUACCUACAUAGUUGUGAAAGGUGAUUUAACAUUUAGCUGCUAUUUAAAAGGUGUUACGUUAAAGUAUGGACAAAUAGGAAAGUCUUAAUAAUCCUUAAAGGCAUUUAUUGUGAGACUUGGACCUCCUACCCAGAAUGUUCUAGCACAAUUGUAUGCAUAAGAGGGUGGGUGUAAUGCACACACUGGCACAAGUAUCAGGGUUUGUCACAAGUGGUGGAAUGUUGUCAACUUUGAAUCUGUUGGCACAGUCAUCUGUCUCUAUUCAAGGCAACCUGCUUAAGUUGCCCAUCUGUGUAUUUCCUGUGAAGGUGUAAAUUACUACUUACAGCACAAUCAGGUCUUGAAAAAAUUUUCUUACCUUCUCAUGUCACAAUCAUAGAUGUAGGGGUGAUCACUUCUGAGUCUCAGGAAGAAGUAUCUUGUAUGUAAUAGCACAAAUUGUGUACAGUUAUGGGCAACACAUGUACCCAUAACUAGUAAUGUAUGUAAGUGAGGGUGGAGAGAUAGUGGAGAUAAGACUUCUUUGAGUGUAAUAAUGAAUCAGGGAGUUACUCUUUUGUUUGAUCUCUCACUUAGGUUCUUUUGCUCAAUCAUAAAUACAUAUAGUACACAGCUGUUACAUAUAGACAUGCUUGUGUAUUCAGCCAUGUGUGCAGAUAGGUGAAGACAUCCACAGAAAAGUACUUUUGAUUCAGUAAGAGAAAAGUUCCUGCAGAAUUCAAGAACGUAAUGCAUUGUUGUGUUUAACUGCACAGAUCUUUAGUUUUUUGUUUUAUAAAAGAUUUUGCUCCUUUUAU